UUGUUUAGUUAUGUCCUGAUUGCCUGUGAUGGAAUCUGGAAAAUUUGGGAUAACGGAUCAGUGGUUGCAUUUAUUAAAGAAACAAAAGACCGUUUAGAGAAAUCCCUUGCUGGGGAUCAGGUUAGCGGGAAGAUGGUGGGAUGUGAUGCUGAUGUGAACUGUUUUCGUCGUAUGUUGCAGGACGGAAUUCCCCCAAAAGACCUGCACUUGCGUCUCUGCUACAUAUUAACGGCUGAAGCAAUCAAGCGCGGAGUGCAGACUACAAAGGUUGCAGACAUGUCUCGCUUCGUCCCUGGCUGGCACGGAAGUUUUGGCCCAGCAGUUUAUGGUCCCAUGCACGAUAUCUUCUCCAGCAUAAUCACUUUACAAGGAUCAGAGUGCGAAAAUUUUGAGCUAAACUUUCAUCGAUGCAUGGAAGCAUACGGACACUUCGUGGGAUUGCGAUAUUGCGAUUUGGAGAUGAGGGACCUUAGCGAAUGCAUGUAUCAUACUAAGGCGGUAUGUAUUGACCUUUUUAUCGCCUUAUUUUCACAUAUAGCCUUACAAUACCUUGUGCCACGCAAUUCCUCUUAAAU